GGCUUAUCAUGGAUAAAUCAGUCAACCUACUGGUAAUGCUAAGACAAGACGUACGCGUGUCACAAAAUAUAUAAUCAAAACAUAUACAAAGUUUGCGGUUAAAGUUGUAUAAGUACUUCUUACUUGCUAUCGAAAGCAGAGGCAAAGGAUUUAAUUGGAAAACUGUAUUAUAUUACCAGCAAGUGUAAGCAAUGCAAUGCUAUUAACUUUGUGGUUUUAAAAAUUUAAAAUCAAAAAAUUUACUUGUCUGUGUGAAGAUGAAAUUGAAAAGAGAUACAACAAUAAUUCUGGCCGUCAUGAUGGUGCUGAUCCGGAGUCCAGUAGCCAACUUAAAAAGUCCCAAUAACGCACAUACUCAGGAUACUGUGUCCGUGUCUUUGCCCGGCGACAUAAUACUUGGUGGUUUAUUCCCCGUCCAUGAAAAAGGUGAUGGUGCUCCAUGUGGACCAAAAGUAUAUAACAGAGGAGUACAACGCCUGGAGGCAAUGCUCUAUGCUGUAGAUCGCGUAAAUAACGACUCUAAUAUUCUUCCUGGAAUAACGAUAGGGGUCCAUAUACUUGACACCUGUUCAAGAGACACAUAUGCCCUUAACCAGUCUCUUCAGUUUGUAAGAGCUUCCCUCAACAACUUGGACACUUCUGUGUUCGAGUGUUCAGAUGCGUCAAGCCCACAAAUAAGAAAAAACGCUUCGUCGGGACCCGUUUUCGGAGUUAUUGGUGGAUCCUACAGUUCAGUGUCUCUGCAAGUAGCCAAUUUGCUGCGCCUGUUUCAUAUUCCCCAAAUAUCACCGGCGUCAACUGCCAAAACGCUAUCGGACAAAUCACGCUUUGAUCUGUUUGCUAGAACAGUACCGCCAGACACUUUUCAAUCCGUAGCUCUAGUAGAUAUACUGAAAAAUUUUAACUGGUCCUAUGUAUCGACGAUACAUUCGGAGGGAUCUUAUGGUGAAUAUGGUAUUGAAGCUUUUCACAAGGAAGCCACCGAACGACACGUAUGCAUAGCGGUAGCCGAGAAAGUGCCAAGCGCCGCAGACGACAAAGUUUUUGACUCAAUAAUUGGCAAGCUUCAAAAAAAGCCCAACGCUCGCGGAGUUGUACUCUUUACAAGAGCCGAGGAUGCCCGUCGCAUUCUUCAGGCAGCUAAGCGCGCUAAUUUAUCACAGCCGUUUCACUGGAUAGCAAGUGACGGUUGGGGCAAACAACAAAAACUACUUGAGGGUUUGGAAGACAUUGCUGAGGGCGCUAUAACUGUAGAACUUCAGUCGGAAAUAAUCGAAGAUUUUGAUCGCUAUAUGAUGCAACUGACGCCAGAAACAAAUCAAAGGAACCCUUGGUUUGCUGAGUACUGGGAGGACACGUUUAAUUGCGUUCUCGAACAAGUUUCGGAUCAACCUAAUGCUCCGAACAUUAUCAAUUCCACUGAGAUAAAGGUCGCCACCAAGUCUAAAACAGCAUGCGAAGAUAGUUUUCGGUUAUCUGAGAAAGUUGGAUACGAGCAGGAGUCCAAGACUCAAUUUGUUGUGGACGCUGUAUACGCAUUUGCCUACGCACUGCAUAAUUUACAUAAUGAUCGUUGUAACACACAAAGCGACCAAACGUCUGAACAGAGAAAGCACCAACAUAGUGAGUCUGUGUGGUACAGAAAGCUAUCAACUGAUACGAAGUCGCAGGCGUGUCCCGACAUGGCAAAUUACGACGGAAAGGAUUUUUACAACAAUUACCUGUUAAACGUCUCAUUCAUAGAUCUUGCUGGCAGCGAAGUCAAAUUUGAUCGUCAGGGCGAUGGAUUGGCAAGGUAUGAUAUUUUAAACUAUCAACGUCUGGAAAACUCUUCGGGAUAUCAGUAUAAGGUUAUUGGCAAAUGGUUUAAUGGACUGCAACUAAAUUCUGAAACAGUUGUAUGGAAUAAGGAAGCUGAGCAACCAACAUCAGCCUGUUCACUGCCUUGUGAGGUUGGGAUGAUAAAAAAACAACAGGGAGAUACCUGUUGCUGGAUAUGCGACAGCUGCGAAUCAUUCGAAUAUGUAUAUGACGAGUUUACCUGUAAAGACUGCGGUCCAGGACUUUGGCCGUAUGCAGACAAGCUUUCCUGUUAUGCUUUAGACAUUCAGUAUAUGCGAUGGAACUCGUUAUUUGCCCUAAUUCCCAUGGCCAUAGCCAUAUUCGGUAUUGCUGUGACAAUUAUAGUAAUGGUACUAUUUGCAAAAAAUCACGAUACCCCAUUGGUAAGGGCGUCGGGGCGAGAGUUAAGCUAUACUCUUCUCUUUGGUAUUUUGGUCUGUUACUGUAAUACCUUUGCGCUGAUUGCUAAACCAACAAUUGCCUCAUGUGUUCUGCAGAGGUUUGGUAUUGGGGUUGGUUUUUCCAUUAUUUAUAGUGCUCUGCUAACAAAAACAAAUCGAAUUUCACGAAUAUUUCACUCUGCAUCUAAAUCAGCUCAGCGCCUUAAGUAUAUAAGUCCACAAUCACAGGUGGUAAUAACAACCUCUCUGAUAGCAAUACAGGUACUAAUCACCAUGAUUUGGAUGGUAGUUGAACCACCAGGAACUCGUUUCUAUUACCCAGACCGAACAGAAGUGAUCCUUAAGUGCAAAAUACAAGACAUGUCCUUCCUUUUUUCCCAAUUAUAUAAUAUGAUUCUCAUAACAAUUUGCACUGUUUAUGCAAUUAAAACAAGGAAAAUACCAGAAAACUUUAAUGAGUCAAAGUUUAUUGGAUUUACCAUGUAUACCACUUGUAUAAUCUGGCUAGCUUUUGUACCCAUAUACUUUGGAACAGGAAAUUCUUAUGAGGUGCAAACUACUACGUUAUGUAUUUCAAUAAGUCUGAGUGCAUCAGUUGCUCUUGUUUGUCUGUAUUCACCCAAGGUUUACAUCCUCGUCUUUCACCCGGACAAAAACGUUCGCAAGUUAACCAUGAACAGCACCGUCUAUAGGCGAUCAGCUGCAGCUGGAACUCAGGGUGCGCCCAGCAGCUCCGUAUAUAGUCGCACGCAGGCAGCCAGCACCACUGUACCGGCAGGAGGAGCGGUAGGUACUACAGCAUCAAGUACCCUUCCAACACAAAACAGCUCCAAUCUUGACGAACCUCCGGGCCAAUCAGCUGUUGUUCACAAAAGCAGUGAAUAUAGUAAUGGCGAAUUCUUGCCGGAGGAAUGCGAAUGUGCUGAGCCAAUCUGCGACCCAGUAAAGAAUUAAAUUUCUAGCCAAGGAAUAUCACACUUCAAUAUAGAUUGACAACCGACGCUUUUUAGAAAAGACUAGUUAUCAUAUGGAAAUAUACAUCUUAAUUUUAGAUUAUUCUUCGGUAGUUAAACACGAAACGUAACUUUAUAAUAUCACGAUUAAAGUAGGAUAAUAUCCAUAUACUGGAAUAGUUUAGUGUAAGAAAAAUCUCUAGAGAUUUAUAUAUUGAGCAGCGCUCCCAUUCGCCAAAAUAGGUAGUCUUUUUCAUCUGGAAUGAAGAAUCUUGAGAAAUUGUAAUUAUAACCAAUAAAUGUAGGUGCUACAGAAUUUUGCAAUAAUUUUUAUCCGUUUACUCAUUAAGAAAAAUGGUACAUUGAAAACAACGCAGGCUAAGCUAUAGAAGUAAAAUUAAGCGUUUUCGAUCCUGUAAAUCAUGUUCCUGAUUUAACUAGACUUUUCUUUUCAUUUAGUUUUGGUCUUGUUUCUGUUAUCAAGUGAAGACACCUCCUAACGAGUUUUUAUUCAAGACAUGCCAGUCUUUUUAACUUAGUCAUACUUUUGAAAAUAAUAAUACGAUUGGUACGACUUUCAGCACUUAAAUAAGUUUUGAUCAAUACAGUUUUGAAAAUCAGCCGUUAGCGUUACUGGCGUGGCACUUUGCUGCCAAAAUGACAAACAAAAAAAAAUGUUCGUUUUGAACCUUGUUUUUGGUAUACAUUUUGAGGGGAGUCUCGGGUAUUAACCGGAGCUCCCAAAAAUUAUCCCGAUUUUACUAGCUGUCAGAGUGUUUUUUUUUCAAGGUUUCUCGCUUAGACACUAAGCAUUUCUGUUUGCUCUAUUUGGGAUCAUGUUUUUCUGAGACACUUUGUUUUUUUUUAGAAACUAGAAAAGGAGCCUUUUCAUGUUAAAUGUGUUUUGAAUUUUCUAAUAAUUACAAGAGAUUACGCUAUUGACUAUCAAUACCCGUUACUCAGCUCAGGGGAGUGCGAGAUAGAUGGAGAUAUGCAGCAAAAAGGCUGUUCACAAUUGCACACCCCGCAACGGCGCCACCUAGUGUCGAUUUCUAUAUUUGCUUAUAACUGGAUGGUCCGAUUUAAACAAUUUUUGGCAUGAAGAUAGCUGCGCCUUUAUUUCUUCAUGUAAAUUCUUAAGAAUUCGCGGUCCGUCGAGGAUAAUUUUGGGGCACUUCUUAAAAUGAAAAUGUUAUUUUGUUUGUCAGUUAGUCCCAAAACGGUAUUUUAGGGUUCUGGAAGUUUAAGAUGAUGUUAAACCACUUAAUAUAAGAAACUUUAGUUCUACCACUUUUUGAAAAACUCGAUAGCUUGGCGGGGAAGGAGCUAUAAAUAGAUACAUUUCGCACACCCGUAACUUGUGAGCUACUAAAGAAAUGUAUUUUAAAAUACUGUGUAUGCUUUUCUAACAUGAUUUGUCUUAAUACCAUCGUUUAAAAAAACGGCUUUAACGAUUUCGGUUUACAUUUUAAAGGGUAUAGCCCUUAAGAUUCUUCAACUUGUGACAAACAACACAUUAUUGUAAAAAGUUCCGCUUUAAAGUUUGAAUCAACAAAAAUGGCCACAUUUACCAGUUAAGAACAUCUAACACUGCCUUUUGGAAAACCUCGCUAGUUUGGCAUGAAAACAGCUAUAAAAAGCUGCAUUUCGUACACCCGUAACUUGUGAAUUUAUAUAGCUACAUGCUUGUGAUAAAUACCAUCGAUUAAAAUUAUAGGCAAAGGUUUUUUUAUUCGAAUUUUUAGCUUUAAUUUAAUUUCUUUUUGAAGAACGAUUUCGGUUAAAACUUUUAAACUGUAUAGCCCUUGAAAUUCUUCAGCUUUUGACAACAUUACAUUUUGUUUGUGUAUUGUAUAGGAAACUUGAUUUCUUCGGCUUUUGGGAAAGUAAAUGAAUUAUAUGAUUUAAGUUUAAAACAAAAUCUUCUGAUAUCAAACAAAAACACCUCUUAACGAGGCGAAUGAGAAAAGUGUAGAUUGUGUAUAUAUUUAGUAGAUCGUAUAAUACAUUUUCGUCACAAAAUUGAUAUUAUAACUUUUGUUUGUUGAAGGUGCGAUCGUCACUAGAUUUUUACCUCGUUAAGAGGCGUUUUUGUUUUAUAAAUGUAUCACGAAACAAAACGUAUUUAAUAUAAUUAUAUAAUGCUAACUUUCAGUGUAAAACUAUGAGCUAACUUAUAAUUAGGGCGAUAGCAACUAAGGCUUUCGCCUCAAUUGUAUUUGAAACUUUAAGAAAUUUUUGGUAAAGAUGUUUAAAAUUGUAAAACAAUAUUAAGAAAUUUGAAUUCUCUUAAAUUCUGAAAAGACACUUUAACUCCGUUUAAAGAAAAUUGCUCACCUACUGGACGUUAGCUGUUUUGACACCGGUCCGAACUUUUAUUUUGGGACACGUUCAUGUGUUUCUGAUCUAGUAACGUUCAGACACCUAACACGAGUGAAACAAAACAAGUAAGGAAGUUAACUUCGGCAAGCCGAAGUUUGUAUACCCUUGCAGUUAUAAUUAUUAAAUUUAAUUCGAAAUUCUGAAAAAUACUAAAAAUGAUAUUUCCAAUAGUAUAUAAUACUACUAUAU